AUGGACGGCCCUCUCUCCAGCGGCCGCGACGAGCGCGACCGCUAUGACCGGCGAGACCGGGACCGGCACCGCGGCGACCGGCGGCGGCGCGGCCGGGACGACCACCGCCGCGGCGACCACGGCCGGCACAAGCGCCGCCGCUUUGAUGGAGGCGGCGGCGGCCGGCGCGACCGGCCCGCGCGGCCGCCGCCGCCGGCCCCGACGCCCAUCGGCGGCGCGGGCUCCCAGCGCCUCGUCCAGCUUUUAACAAGAGUCGCCGACGUCCACGCCCGGCGGACGACUGAUUCAUCAGUGCCUCUGCAAGACAACCUCAAAGCACUGAGCGCCGCCGUCGCCCAGAAGGAGCUGGGCGAGCGGCCGCGCGUGGUGGCGGCGCAGCUGGCGCUCGUGGCCCAGGCGUCGCCGCUGGGCGCGGGGGCCUACGCGUCCGUCGCCGCGCUACUCGUGGGUCAUGAUUCGACAACAGCACCAUUGUUCGUCGAGGCGGCCUACGACCGCUUCGCGAAGAACUGCGACGCUAAGAAUCGGCACGCGGCGGCGAACGCCCUUACUUACUUAUGUCGGCUCGGUGCUGUGGGCGUUGCGGAUCUCGCCAGCCUCGACGCUAUUUUAGCUAAGUUGGACGGUGCCUUGCUCGCGGCGGCGUUGUUGCGGGGCGGCCUGCCCGAUGCGGUGGUUGCGCCGCGUCUAGUUUCUCUGAAAGGUGAUGGUUUAAUCAGUUUAGCCGUCUCUACUCUCAAAAAAGGAGCCGUCGACGCCCCGCUCGGUCAAAUUGAUGUGGACUGCGACGCGCGGGCCUCGUUACCGGACAACGACUUUACCAUGCCGGAUUUUGAUGGAAAUUGGCCUGCUCUCCAGUGCGAAGAUCCCCUGCUCCUCUCGUUAGUCCCGGACGUAGUAGAAGCAUUUAAACCCGGCGCGCGCUGGGACGGGAUUGUGGUCGGCAGCAAGAGUGACGUGGCCAAGCAGUUGGCGGCAAUAGGUGAAGCGUUACCUGCCGACUCGUUAAAAGACGUCGCCGCUUCGCUGAUAAGCUACGCUUCCCACUCUGAUGAAGUCCUCCUCGACGUGCUGCAUGCGGUGCUGGAGCUCUGCGCUGUGGACGAGGCGAAAUUUGCGCCCCAAUUUGCGACCGCCAUCGAGUUGUUUUUUCGAGCCUUAGACGACGACGACGCGCCGACGCCCUUGCAGCAGCGUCGCAUCGCGUUGUUAUUUGCUCAUUAUUUGUCGAACACGAAGUUCGUCUGGCCCUACUGGGACUACUGGACCGCUGUUGUGGAUGAAGAUGAUGAUGAUGCCCAAAAAAGAUUCGUGCGAGAAGUCUUGGAAAGGUGCUGCCGGCUAGCUUAUUUGGACAGAUUGAAAGUGGCCUUACCGGAGAAACUGCACGCGUUACUACCUCUAGGCUUAUCCUCCGUAGAUUUUGACGAGAACACGCCCGAAGAAUUGGCGCGGCGGGCUGAUCUAGGAGAGUUAGCUCGGGCCGUCGACCCGCCCGACGACGGUGCGGAUCGGACGAUGGUCGCGAUCAAAUUUGCCACUUUGGACGACGACGCUGCGCGCGCGAAGGCGGCGAUCCGAGCUCUAUGCUCCCAUACGUCUUCUUUAACUCAUUUAUUGGCACCUCUGGACGAUGCCCAGUUAGCGAUUGCUCUGCGGAACUGCUGCUAUGAUGAUGAGCCCGUCGAGCGGGCUUUAUUUGACGGCGUCGUCAGUUCAUUGGGAGGGUCGCCGCAGCACGUCGUCUUGUACGUGGACGCGCUGUUGAGGAGAGGCAUAGCGCGGCCCUCGGCUUUUAUAAGGUGGCUCUUCGACGGCGCAUCUGCUCAAUAUGGUGCCUCAUCACUAGCGUCGUCGUUCGCGCCCCUCGAGCUGCUCGAGGUUGGCAUCGAACGAGCAUUGGACGCCGUGGCGGCGGCGCGGCUCGCGAUGGAUGCCGGCGCGCCCGGCGCCGACGCGGCCGCCGCCGAAUCGUUGGAGGAGGCGCGGGCCGCGUGCCGCGCGGCGGCCGAGGGGCUGGAAGACGGGCCCGGCGCGACGCUCGCCGACGCGCGCGGGGAAUUGGGGCGGACGCUCGCGCGCGCGGCGGCCGGCGAGCUGUCGCCGCUGCGGCGGUCGGGGAAGGCGCAGCCCCUCCCCGAGGCGGCGACCUUCCUCGAGGACGAUUAA